CUGCUAUGAAUAUUCGAUAUAUUCGGAUUUUCCACCGUGCCAAUUGCUCUCCGCGGCUCGUGAAACUGAAUACAGGCUUGGCAUCCUAUCCACUGCGCUCACAAAUAUGACUUCCGAUACCAUUUAUACUAUUCCUCAAGGGUCCAAAAUUCUGGUGACUGGGAGUAAUGGCUUCAUCGGGUCCCACGUGGUCGACCAGCUAUUGAAGCUGGGUUACUUGGUCCGCGGCACGGUUCGCGAGCCCAAGCCAUGGUUGACCGAUUUCUUCGACCAGAAAUAUGGCAAAGGGAAAUUUGAAGCAUUCAUCCUUCCGGAUGUGACUAGCGAGAUUGGCUGCGAGAGGGCAGUCGAGGGGAUUUCCGGAGUCAUUCAUAUGGCGGCUGACGUCUCGAUGAACCCUAACCCAAGCGUGGUAAUCCCAAAUACCGUCAAGGCAACGCUCAAUAUCUUGAAAGCCGCUUCAAAGCGGCCUACGGUCAAGCAGGUGGUGCUCACCUCCUCAUCAACUGCAGCCUAUACGCCGAAUGCCAAUGGGGAAAGAACAACGAUCACUCAAGGCACCUGGAACGAUGCCGCUGUUGAAGCAGCUUGGGAUGAGAAUGCUCCUCCUCACUCUAAGGGGUAUUUCGUAUACGUAGCGUCCAAAACAGAGACCGAGAGGGAGGCGUUCAAAUGGGUUGAAGAGACGAAGCCUCAUUUCAUAUUCAAUACGGUCUUGCCUGCGCUCACAUUUGGCAAGAUCCUUGCUCCAGGAGUUGGGGGUUCAACCCAGUCAUUUGUUCGCAACCUCCUCAAAGGUGAUGGGUCAGCAAUGGCCUUUCUCCAGCCGCAGUGGUUUGUUAAUGUUGCAGAUGUUGCAAGAUUGCACGUUGCUGCUCUCCUUUCCCCAUCAGUCAAGUUUGAGCGAAUCUUUGCAUUUGCUGCUCCGCAGAACUGGACUGAGAUUAUCAGAAUUUUGCGAACCCUCCGUCCCGAUAACUCGUCAAUUCCCCAAGAGCCUGAAGCCGAGGGUCAAGAUUUGAGGAUUGUUGUGCCUUCAAAGCGAGCCGAGGAGAUUCUGAAGAGCUUUUUUGAUCGACCUGGUUGGGUCAGUUUGGAGGAGAGUAUUGCCGAGGGAAUUUCUGACUUAUAGGAGGCCACUGCUGAACGACGUGAAUCAGGUAACUAAGUAUAGCCCUAGUCACCAGUCCAGAAGCCCUCCGGUUGAAAGCUUAGUAUAUGCCCAAUUAUGUACAAAAUAGCGCCCGCAGAGGACGUGUUUAUACCGGGCUCUAGAAGGCCUGUCGACCCGCCCCAAGCUCAUACUCGGUAAACCCGCUACUUCAUUCAAAAUCUAUCUCUUCAAUAUCCAGUUAGCCCCUAGUUUUAUCGGCCUUUUUGUUUUCGUGUUUUCCACACAAAACCCAGCGCACCAACGAUGCUCAAGCAACUCAGUGUAAGACCGAGCUUGAGCCGGACUUCAAGAUACAG